AGUCACUUCUGCCAAACAAUUCAAAGGACUGGAACAAAAGUGAGCGAGGGAGAGAGAGAAUGAAGGAUGAAGGGCCCGAUCCAGAACGGGACUGUCCUGCCUUUGCUGCUCUAUAUAUACCCUCUAGGCUCUAGUCUUCUUCCCACAAGUACGCACCAUUCAUUCUUCUUCUCUACUUUCAAAUUCACAAUGCCUUCUCUUCUCUGGACUCUCUCUUUCGUUCUGGCUUCACUCUGCUCUGCCGCCCACGGCGCUAUCCCUAGGAGGCCCGUUGAUGUACCCUUCGGACGGAACUACUACCCUACCUGGGCUUUUGAUCACAUCAAGUACCUCAAUGGAGGUUCCGAGGUUCAGCUCCAUCUCGAUAAGUACACUGGAACUGGCUUCCAGUCCAAAGGAUCCUACUUGUUUGGUCACUUCAGCAUGUAUAUCAAGAUGGUUCCUGGGGAUUCUGCCGGCACCGUUACUGCUUUCUAUUUAUCUUCCCAGAACUCAGAGCACGAUGAAAUAGACUUCGAGUUCUUGGGAAACAGAACAGGGCAGCCAUACAUUCUGCAAACGAACGUGUUCACCGGAGGCAAGGGUGACAGAGAACAGAGAAUCUACCUCUGGUUUGAUCCUUCCAAAGAGUAUCACAGAUACUCUGUUCUGUGGAACCUGUAUCAGAUAGUGUUUUUCGUAGAUGAUGUGCCGAUCAGGGUGUUCAAGAACAGCCACGACUUGCGAGUGAAAUACCCAUUUAACCAACCCAUGAAGAUAUACAACAGCCUGUGGAAUGCGGACGACUGGGCCACGAGGGGUGGGUUGGAGAAGACGGACUGGUCCAAAGCACCGUUCAUAGCCACCUACAAGGGCUUCCACAUCGACGGGUGCGAGGCCUCCGUGGAGGCCAAGUUCUGUGCCUCCCAGGGCAAGCGAUGGUGGGAUCAGGCCGAGUUCCGCGACCUCGACGCCGCUCAGUGGCAACGACUCAGGUGGGUUCGCAGCAAAUACACCAUUUACAACUACUGCACCGACCGCAAGCGCUACCCACAAGUCCCUCCCGAAUGCGCCAGAGACCGCGACAUGUAAACUCAAACCCUAUCAUCUACAAGUAUUACAUUCUAAUUUACAGCCACUGCGAGUCCUGAUGUGCCUCCUCUCCCGCCAUCAUUAUCAUUACUCUUAUAAGUCUCAUAAGGGACGGGUUCUCUCUUCCCAUAUUGGUCACUGGUGUAUAAGUAUUUAUAUUGCCAAGGUAUAUUUGCUGAGGGAUCGGAGGUUGAGAUCAGAGGAGCCUCUGGCUUCAGGGAUCAACACUGAGCUCUGUCUCUGUAUGUGUGUAACAGUGUAAUGUAGCACUGCGACUGGUAAAUUAUUCUGAAUCAAUGUUGAAUAUUGAAUAUAGAAGUACUAUAUUUCACUUGGA